AUGCGAACAACUAACUGUUCUAGUACUCAACCAACUUCACACCCUCCAAGUCUUUCAUCGCCGGAACGCGACUGGCCACAAAGUUGGACAGAAAGGGGAUGCAGAGUGUGUGACUGCAGCUAUCCUGCCAGAUCUGUAGAUUGUAGCGACAAAGACUUCAGCAGUGGCUUACUAGCAGCCGACAGUUUUCCUUUCGCCGACCUCGUGGCUUUCACGUUUAGAAAUUGCAGUGUCUCGCACGUUGAUCGUGACUACUUCUUGGCGUUUCAGAGACUCCAGCUAAUAAAUGGUAAUGCCAACUAUCUAUCUGCUCCAUUUCUGACACCUAGAAGCACAGUCAAACUGCAGCUGGUCGACAACUUUAUCACAUCUGUGACUGAAUUUUUUGAAAGGAAGUCAGACUCUGUUCUGGCUGAAUACAAACUAGAAGAACUUGUAUUGAGCAGGAACAUUAUUCACACAAUCAAAUUUGGUGAUUUGGCAGGCUUACCACGUUUACGUCAGUUAAAAUUAGAUUCUCUGGCUGAAGGUCUUCGAAUUGAAAGUGGAGCUAUUGUUGACUUGCCUAUGCUGACCUUAUUGUUAGUACGCUUAAUCAAUGUGUUUAAAGACCUCACUUUCAACUACUUGACCUCAAUCAGUGGCUCAGUGUUCAAAGAAAUGCAAUCGAUUUACAAUCUGCGACUACAAAGCAACCGUUUGACUACGAUAGAAGAGUCCUUUUUUGAAACAGUUACUGUCUUUGGAGAUGUAGAUUUGUCAUUCAAUAAUUUGACGUCACUACCUCGAAGCUUGUCUAGACAGCUGUUACUGAUGAGAUUAUUUCUCAUCGAGAAUCACUUGACCACAAUCAAAAGCUACUUUUUCUCUGGUCUGCACUUUCUCCGAGAAUUAAAUAUUAUGAGAAACCGAAUAACAACAGUACAAGCAGGAUCAUUCAGAGACCUAACCGUCCUAAAGAAAUUAUAUUUGGAUGAGAGCAAUUUGACGUCCUUACCAUUUGACAUAUUUGCUCCACUGGGUAAUUGUACUGUUUGGCUGAAUUGCUGUAAUUUGAAGAGACUGCCAAUGGUCCACGCCAACGUGAAAAUAGAAUGUGUGACGAAAGGAAACAAAAUUGCUUUGCAAUACACUGAAGAGGGAUCUGCCCGUGUGUUGUCCGAGUACGGUUUUACUUGCAAACAUGGCCCUGGAGAGCCGUUUUAUGACUGUGAAGAGUGCCCAUCGGGAACAAAUGGUACCUUUUCAGACAGCUAUCGUCCGAAACUGGGCAUAUGCAGAAAAUGUCCUGCUGGUGGUUGGUAUCAAGACGAAGCAGGACAGAAAGAUUGCAAGAAAUGUGUCAAUGGUACAUACGUAGAGCCACACAAAGCACCAGGUCAGACUCCUUUAGAUUGCAGAGUAUGUCCGACUGGUACCAACACGAAAGUGCAUGCGGCUUUCCGGGCCUGUCCGUGUCUCGACGGCUUCUACAGACUCGACAGAUUCGGUCCGUGUAUAGCAUGUAAUGCUACCUCGGAGGGGAUUCUUUGUCGAAACGACUCUGCCAUCGUCAAGAAUGGCUACUGGUGGUCGUGGGAACACUCCAACUCUACAAACAAGCAAGAGCAAUAUGCUAAAUUUAUUGAAGAAAUAAAAUUUUACAAUGAUUCCUACAGCAAUGAAUCUGUAAGUUUUCGAGGAGAUUUACCGAUCGUUUAUCGGUGUCCGUUGGAAAAGAGUUGCAAAGGAGGCGUCACGGAUAGAGAUAUGUGCUCGGAGGGAUAUGCUGGUCCGCUGUGUUCCCUAUGCGACAACGGGUACUUCUAUUGGUCUAGUGAGUGCGUGAGAUGUCCGCCUAUCUGGCGCAGUGUUGUACAACUGGUUUGCGUCGUGUUGUUGCUUAUUCUCUUUAUGUUCGUUCUCUAUAAACUAGAGAAGCUGGCGAUAAAUGGGAGGCGAAACGCUGCGACGGUUGUCGAUCAGAUGGCCGCCAAAGUUAAGAUAAUUGUAGGAUUCGUUCAAGUGAUGGCGGGCGUCGUCUCGGCGUUGAGAUACAUACCGUGGCCAUCACUGCUGCUCGUUGCUGGCUCGUGGUUGAAGAGCAUCGAGUUGAACGUCAUAGAAAUGGCGAGCCCUUCGUGUAUUAGCUCUCGUCUGAGGCUGAAUGCUUUGCAAAAGACCGUCGUCAAUCUAGCUGUACAAUUCGUGCUUCUUCUAUUAGUGUUCGUAUACUACUCGAUGCGGUACCGUCUUGUACCGUGUUGUUGGCCACGUUUACGAUGUGAUGACCGUGCACGCUCGCUAGCUCGAAAAUCUUGCAUGAGAAACAGCUGGUGGAUUUUGUUUCUUUGUUAUCCAUCUGCGAGCGCUCAGAUCAUGGCCACUAUUCCAUACAAAGUGUGGACAUGCCAUCAGAUAUGUCAUUACCGUGGUCAGCAAGACUGUCCUUGGUACUUAAAAGUCGACAUGAGUAUACAAUGUGAUUACUCUGCUGGUGAACAUAAAGUUCUUUAUGUGAUUUGCUGGUCUAUGUCUGUGUACGUACUUGUUCUACCGUUGCUGCUGUUGUGGGGUCUCUUUAAAAGGCAUCGCAUGACAAAAGACCAUCAAGUUUGUAUCACAAAUGAUGACGAUUUUGUUUCUCUUCGUGACAGACGCAGUAGUAGUAAAGAUGAUUUGCUCAAGUCACUCGAAUUUCUGGAUGAAAAUUACGAGAGAAAGUUUUGGUUUUGGGAAUCACUGGAGAUUGCUAGAAAAUUUUUACUGACGUGUGGAAUCGAAUACUUUGGUGGCAGCAGUCUGUCUGGUGUGGCCAUUGCAGCAAUGAUUGCUAACGUAUUUCUCGUGCUUCACGCACACUUCAAACCAAUCAAACGAAAAUCAGAGCAGCUGCUGCAGCUAAUCUCUCUAAUGGUCAUUUCUCUCAGUCUCAUGCUUGCGACUCUAAUAGCUCUUCAGGAAGCGACCGCCAAGAUCUCGGCUUCAGUAGAUGAAUACGACCGUCGAGUUUUCUCUGUCGUUGUGAUGCUGGUCAACGGUCUCUUUGCCUUAUGUAUCUUGGGGCGUUUGGUAUUUUGUGGCUACAAAGCGAUGAAAACAGUUCGCUCCGAUAACGGUGGUUGCAACUUACUCCUAUGGCUCAUACAUUUUGUCACAGACGAAGAUUCUCGUGAAGAAAAUUCGGUUGUUGCGGCAGAUCCCCAGCAAAAUGUAACUGAAAUGUUUGCUCUUGUAGACGACGAGUCCGAAGACAACUAAUGCUAAAAUCUUAUUCUUCAAAUGUCGUGGCCAUCCGAUUAUAGUUAGAAAAUGGCGUUCUUUAUAAGAUUGUAGGAUUUUGAAUAGCAACUGAUGUGUAAGUGUUAUAGCACGGAAGGCAGGGAGUUAGAAGGUAGUGUACUAGUAGCAACAGCAGCCAUGCAUGCAGGUUUGUACCACUUUUGAUCAUUUA